ACACUUUGACAAACGGUUUUGGAUGGGUUUUGCGCGCAAACUUGUCCCAAAACACUUUGUAGGCACUUUACAGUUUUUUACAAAAACAAAGAAAUCCUGAAAAAAUAGGAGGAGGGUAUUGUUGUUUGCAAUAAUGAGCUCCGACAGCGAAACCGAAGAGGAGCAGCCUUCCUGGCAAGGAGUACCGGCGACUGUCGUACUCAUCAACUUGUACGAUCCUAUACAAUUGAAUACAUCUUCUGUUGCUUACCAAGCUACAUGUGAUCUUAUGAGAAAUUACAUGAGAACUGCCAGUAACCAACUAGUCGGUGCCUGUCUUUAUGGAACCCAAGACUCCAGUUCUUCACCCAUGGGCUUCGAAGGAAUAUUUGAAGUAUUUCCACUCUCUGUACCAUCAUUGGAUAGUUUCAAAAACCUCCAAAAAGUUGAUAUUUCUAGCUAUGGUCAAGCUAAAGAGCUUAAGCUGUCAGAUGUCCUGUGGCACUGCAGCCAGAUGUUUGCUAACUGCAAGAAACUUCUUUCAACAAAAACAGUCUUGAUGUUAACAAGAAUUGAUGUUCCGGCUGUAGAAGCAGAUCAGAAGCCAACUCUCAAAAGAGUAGAAGAAUUGGUUGAGUCGGGUAUUCAGAUCCAAAUUAUAAAUAUCUCAGAAAACACAUACCAUGUUGACAAUUUUUAUGAAAACUUGUUGAAGGUUGCACAUAAAGGGGGUGAGUUCAAAAUACCUGAGCCAGUAUGGACUCCAAGUGAGGUAACAAACUUGAUGUAUCAACAUUCCAACCGCCACACAGCUGUGGCUCGCCUUACAAUGGAGAUUGGUGAAGGUAUGUCCAUUGGUGUAGGCAUUUUCAGUCUCUUGAAGUCACAAACAAAACCCAAAGAUGUUAAAGUGGAUAUAGAAACAAACCAAAUUGUUGCCAACACAACAACAUACACAAAAGUAACAAAUAACAAUGAUGUGGAAGAUGAUGAACCAGAAAGACCACCUCAAGAAGUGCCAUUGCUCAAGUCUGAAUUGUUACACUAUCAAAUUUUUGGUGAAGAGAGAAUUGAAUUUACAGACCAAGAAAUGAAAAAGCUCAAAAAUCCAUUUGGUCCUCCUAUGAUAAAACUUCUUGGCUUCAAACCUAGCAGCACGCUCAACAAGAAUAAGUGGUUUCUCAAGGGUUGUCACUUUCUAUACCCGAGUGAGAGUGCUAUAGAAGGGUCAACUAUAGCAUUCAAGGCCCUGCAUGCUGCAUGCACCGACAUGUCUGUUAUAGCCAUCUGUGUGCUGAGCUGCAGAGUCAACUCAAGGCCAUGCCUGGUGGCUCUCUCCCCCUGUACUAAACCAUUUGGAUUGGAUAUCAAAUGUGGUUUUGAUAUUAUUUACAUUCCUUUCACUGAAAAUGUAAGACCUGUUCCAUCCAAUGAAGAGGAUAUCAGAGGUGUUGAGGAGGCACACAAACUCCUCAUGAAUGAUAUAAUUGAUGAGCUCAGGUGUGACUACAAACCUGAUAUGUUUGAGAGUCCAUCAUUGCAGUCACUAUUCUGUGCCAUUGAAGCUCUAGCUCUGGAGAAAGAAAUUGAGGAAAUUACUGAUACAACUAGACCAGAUGUGUCCAAAGUAAUGGGUCUUGAUGCACAACUAUUUUAUGAGAUAUUUGGCCCUUUUGGUGCAGCUGCUUCUAAGAGACCAACUACAACCAAAAGUAAUGGUGCAGGUGGAAAAAGAAGUAAAACUACUGAUGAUGUUGAUGAGUCCCUGUUGAGAACCAGAAUCAGUCAAGGCAAAGUUGAGAAAUACACAGUUCCUGAAUUGAAACAAAUAUUAGUGGAGACAAUAGGUAUUAAAACUGCACUUACUGGAGUAAAGAAGGCUGAUCUUGUUAAAUUAGUUAUUGAUAAUUUUUCUAUGUGAUAAUUUGAUUAUGUUGAAUAGGAUCAUACAUGUAAUGUAUAAUUAAUACCUAAAAGGAAAUUGUUGCUGAAAGCACAAAUUAUGGAAAAUAAACAUAUUUUUGUAUCA